AUGGCAGACACUACGAGGCUCAAUAUAUCUAAACUGGGGACUAAGACUUAUUGGGAUGACUUUUACGCAUUAGAGAGAGCCAAUUUUAAUCAAAACCCGGACGAUACCGGUGAGUGCUGGUUUGAUGAUAAUGAUGCUGAAAGAAGAAUGGUUGAUUUUCUUUUGGACAACGUUGGGGAACAGCUCAUAGAUAUGAAGUCCUCGAUGAUAGAUCUUGGGACUGGAAAUGGGCAUUUACUGUUUGAGUUAUGUGAAAACGGAUUCAGCGGGCCAAUGCUUGGGGUUGAUUACUCUUCCGAGAGCGUGGCAUUUGCGCACUCGGUAUCGAAAGUAAGGCAGUUUGAUGCUUUCGCAAGAUUUGAAGCUGCCGACAUCUUUCAGGCUGAUUGGUGUCCCGGGAAAUUUGACAUCGUCUUGGACAAAGGCACCCUAGAUGCAAUCGCUUUAAGUGGGCUACAGUUUGAAAAUCACAAGACAGUGUUCGAUUGCUACUCUGAGGUUAUUGAAAAAAUUCUGAACAAGAAUGGUGUUUUUUUGAUAACGUCAUGUAACUUCUCGGAGGAUGAGCUGGUCAGAUUAAUCCAAACGAAAAACCUGGUCAAGUGGAAAUCAAUUAAGUAUCCUUCAUUCGAGUUCGGCGGCGUAAAAGGAACAGCUAUUUGUAGCGUUGCAUUUUUCAAACGGUAG